AUGGGCAACUCGCAAAGCCUUCCUGGCCAUAAUUGCCUCCUCGCGGCAGUUGAUCACCGAGCGAGCUUGGUCACAUUUCAGAACGAUGCUCUAUUCCAUCUUCGGGCGCCUUCCCUGUACAAUUUAGACGCGCCAGUGAAACCACUUGCAGUGACGUUUCCCGAAAACUCGGAGCAGAUUGCCAAAAUUGUGCAAUGUGCGGCGCGUCACUCGCUCAAGGUGCAAUCACGCAGUGGUGGUCACAGCUACGGCAACUAUGGUCUUGGUGGGCAAGAUGGUGCGGUUGUAGUUGACUUGAAGUCUUUCCAAGAGUUCUCCAUGGAUCCGGUCACCCAUGUGGCCACCGUGGGUUCCGGUACUCUCCUUGGAGAUCUUCACUCGCGGCUUUACAAUGCUGGGCACCGAGCUGUGGCACACGGCGCUUGCUUAAGCGUUGGCCUUGGAGGCCAUGCUACCAUUGGCGGCCUGGGCUCAAUGUCGCGCCAGUGGGGGAUGGCUCUCGAUCAUAUUCAAGAGGCAGAGGUUGUGCUUGCGGAUGGAAAGAUCAUUACAGCAUCGGCGACUGAGAAUCCAGACGUGCUCUUCGCCAUCAAAGGAGCUGCAGCCAGCUUUGGGAUUGUUACAAAGUUCAAGCUCAUCACUCAUCCGGCCCCGACACAAGCUGUGCAGUACUCUUACUCGCUGAACAUUGGCACGACGGCUCAGCGAGCGCGACUUUUCGCCGACUGGCAGCGAUUCAUUUAUACACAGAAUCUUACGCGUCGGGUCUCUAGUGAGCUUGUUGUGUUUGAGCAUGGAGUUCUCAUCUCGGGAACCUUCUUCGGGUCUCCCGAAGAAUGGAAAAGUUUGGAGAAGAAGUUGAAGUUUCCAGGUGCAGACAAAGGAAACUUGAUUGUACUGACAGACUGGCUGGGCAUGCUUGUGAGCGGGGCCGAGGAUCUCAUUCAGCAGGUUGCUGGAGGCACACCAUGCUCAUUCUACGCCAAGUCCAUGUCUUUCACAGACGCUCUUUCCGCCGAAGGUGUGGAGUCUUUAUUCACGUAUCUGGACUCGGCGACUAAAGGCACUCCGGCUUGGUUUGUCAUCUUCGACUUGGAGGCGGGCGCCACGAACGAUGUGCCCAACAAUGCCACUGCAUAUGCCCAUCGUGAUACGAUCAUGUGGAUGCAGUCCUACGCUGUCAGUCUGAUUGGGCCGGUUUCCUCGACAACGAAGGACUUUCUGGGCGGCAUCAACCAAGUUAUUGCUGCAACCUGUCCUAGUGCCUCGUACGGGGCGUAUCCUGGAUAUGUCGACCCAUUGCUUGAAAACAGUCAACAAGCGUACUGGGGUGACAACUUGCCGAAGCUUCAAAAGAUUAAGAGCGAUAUCGACCCUCAUGAUGUUUUUCACAAUCCGGAAAGUGUUCGUGUCAAUCCUGCCGCUCGAGCGCAGCUGUAG